ACGUUUAUUAACACCAUGGAACUCAAAAUGAACAAUUUAACUGCACAACAUCACAUACUUACAUCACUUGGUUGACAGAUGUUAUCGAUUGUCGAGGUAACGCUAGCCAGCUAGUUAGCGGAUAACGUUAGCUAACGAUGGCUAACAGUAUGGUUUUUCACACUCAAAUAGCCUCCAUCAUGGAGGUGCUAGCGAAUGCAGCCGUGGCAGAGAUCUGUAAACUCGUAGACGACGACUAUGCAGUGUUUCGUUUGGAAAUAACUCAAAGCCAGAAAGAAAACAGGGCAUUGCGAAGGAAACUACAGCUUUUCGAACUGAAGGUGGCACGGGAGCGCGUCCUCGCCAGUCGUCCCAGUAGUGUCAAGCUCGUCGACAGACACAGAGGAAUGGCAAGAGGUGAAGGACAUCUCACUGGAGGCCACAGGAGUUUUGCGAAACCAGUGGGACACAAUACAUGGAGAGAUGACCAACCAAUCACUGUUGAUGAGGGGAGUGGAACCUCAACACAGCCCGUUAUCGUGAUAGAGUCUGCAGAUGCAGAGGCUGCUGGUCCUGGGGUCAAGCAGGAGAAGACUGAAAGAGAGGAGGACCCACAGCAAAGCAGAGACAUCCAGACUGGACCGACUGAAAUGCCCCCUGUAGCCACGGAGGACACCGCCCCAGCGCAGUCCAGUUACCAACGCAUUGUCACUGAGGUCUGUGGAACACCAAACGCUGUCCUAAAGUCAGAGACGGACACUGAAACUUUAACUGUAACACACAGGCUCUUACACACAGGACCUGACCACGAAUCAGACCCAGAGAGACUUGGGCUGGGGCCAUUGGGCUGUCCUCCUGUUCCUAGCUCAGAAUACUUACCGAUAUUUCACCAGGUCCAGAGGACGGUUCAUUCUCGUGGAGAUGGUGAGGUGUUAUACACAGGCAUUGAUGACCUGUCUUGUACUUACGCUACAGAGAUGGACCCUGGCAACGUAUCCUUGGAUUUAGAGACACAGAAUGAUCUGUCUAGAGGGGACUGGAACCGGUACAGUAGUAGUGUAUACUCUGAAGGGUGCCUAGAUAAGAAAGGAGAGGUUAUAGUCGUCGACGAAGUGACUGUGAAAGUGGAGGGUGACGCUCCUCCCACAUGGAAUGCAAAUAGUCACCUAGGAGACAGACACUCACAAGGCAGAGAUUUCUUAGAUUACAGGGAAAGCUUAGAGACAAAUCCAAAUGUCGUCCACCCGUUCCGGGAUCGCGACCCAGUGUCCACGUCAAUGGGGCCUUCCGAUUCACACGGCUGUGCCCUUUUGGAUCAGGCAUUGAACUCAAAAGACAGGGCUAGAGCCCAGGCUCUGGGAGGGGAAGCAACAUCUGGCAAAAAACAGGGGGUGAAACCCUUUAGCUGUACCCAGUGUUCUAUGCGCUUCGCCCAGGCUGGCAACCUGAAGAGGCACCAGAGGGUCCACACAGGGGAGAAACCAUUCAGCUGUACCCAGUGUCACAUGUGUUUCGCCCAGGCUGGUGACCUAAAGAGGCACCAGAGGGUCCACACAGGAGAGAGACCUUACAGCUGCCCCCAGUGUGAGAAGAGGUUCUCCCACCAGCACCAUCUGAAGAUGCACUUGAAGAUCCACACUGAAGCGAGGCUGUUUGCCUGUACGCCCUGUGGGAAGAGAUUUUCAGAUAGGAGCUACCUCAGGAUACACCAGCAGAAAAACCAUUCCACUCUAUAACAUAGAAAGUAACCAUUUGACUCGAUAGCUUCUGACUUUUAGAUCAAACCCUGCAUUAAAAGAUUAACUUUCAUUGUUGUCAGCAGCACAUUUGGAUUAACAAGAGUCACAGAUUUCAGUGUUGAAUAUUCCUGGGUAGAAUAAUGCAUCCUACAAUACUGUGUAGGCCAGUGGUCACCAACCUAUUCAAGAUCACUUUCAUUGAUCUAUCGCUCAGAAUUUUAAAAAAACAUUACUUAACAGUUUUGUAGGAAUGAGGUUUGGGCAGUAGGACUAAUACAUUAUCACAGCAUUAUCACAGCAUGCCUGGCCUGCCAAUAUUUUUUCUUCUCAGACCUCUCAGACAUAUUUCAAAACUCAAGCUUUGUUUACAAAAUAGAUCAGUUGGUGUAGCAACUUGCUUAGCAUAAAUUGAAAUCAUUUGCUUUUUUAUUUUACUGGACUGAUGGUACCUGCAUCUGAUUGUCAUGGUGCUUUCAAUACAAAUGAGAGCUCGGGGAAAAAACUAGGUCAAAUCAUGAUGUCAGUAAUCUUCAGGUUGGAAAGUCUGAGAUCUAGAAAGAUGCCAGAAUUUCUGACUUGGAAUUCAAAGCAAUUCUUUCCAGUUGGAUCUCGAUUUUUUCAGAGUUCCCAGUUGUUUCGAACACAGCAUUAGUCUCAGUGGAGGGAGGGAAAGAACAGCAGAGGGUCCACUUCUCACAGUCACUGCUCUCUCCUACUUUUCCUCUGGUGAGACUGAACAGAGAGAGGGGACAUCGUCUUCCACCUGAUGGCGAAACUCGAGUCGGAAGUGAAAUAUUCCUCUUAAAGUAGACACGACGAUGGACUAAUAAUAAUAAAAACCGCAGGGCUAGCAAUACACUUGGCUACUCAUUCAUUGCAGCUGCAUCGUGAGUGGAAGUAGUAUUGAAGAGCAUUUUAUGUAUUGCAAUGGUGCUGAAUCAUUUUUAUUUUUGACAUGAACUCACUCAUAAAAACAGCAGCUCUUUACUGUAUUCUUUGACAGUCUCUGUGGUCAUGGUUUUAAAAGUUAUUAAGUCUUACGUAGGCUAGUAUCAAACUUUACUGUGGAAGCUCUGUAGGCACAGUGAUUUGAGCUACCUGAUUGGCCAGUGCAGUAGGCGCACUCACUCGGUCCGCCUGGUAGGUUUGUCUUUUCAAACAAAUGGAAUGGUUCAAAAUGGGAAGACUUUGCUUAACCGGUGACGGCACCUACCGCCAACAGCGCAACACAAAUCAAAUUUAAAAAGGAGCGCAAGCCUUUAUCACAACCUUUAUCGUCGUUCUUUUCUACAGAAAUGUUUGGUGUGGAAUGUCUUGAAGAUUGACUGGUUGGUGAUCACUGGUGUAGGCUAUAUGAUGUUCACAAAUGCCUAUUUUAUACAUCCAUUAACCAACUACAUUUUUUUUCCAAGACACUUAAUGAGGAAAUGAAUGCAGUUUAUCAAGUUAAUGCAGUUUCUUAGUUGAGGUCUGUGUGUGUGUGUGUGGUUUUCACCCUGUUCUGCAUUCACCCGACAGCGCUUUAACAAAUCUAAUCAAGUUCACUGGUCACAUACACAGAUUUGCAGAUGAUAUCACAGGUGCAGCCAAGUGCUUGUGUUUCUAGCUCCAACAGUUCAGUAAUUAAUGCCAGGUAACAUAAAACAAUACACACAUAAUCCCGAGUGGCGCAGCGGUCUAAGGCACUGA